GUUUAUCUAUGUGGCCGUGCUUUUUGAAUAGAGCUGUAUAGGCGCAGACGACAGACAACACACCAGUUCACUUAUAUUGUUUGUUUAGUGUCAAAAGUUUAGCAUGUUUUCCCUAGACGAGUUGUAAACAUUUAGGUUUACAAGAGUUUGAGCUUUGCUCUCUUUAACAAAAUGGACUACAAAUUUUCUGUCAACCAUGAAAUUUUAUGUCAAAUCAGACUUACAGCAAUUGGUGUUUCUAAUAGUCUUAUAUACUUCCACAAUUCACAUAAAUAAAUUCAUCCUCUCCAUCCUAGGAUUCACCUAUCCAACUGUAUUUCAAGGAUGGCAAACCCUUGUCGCUGUCAUUCUGAUGCGUGUGCUGCUGUUUGAAGAGCUGUCUCCAAUAUGUUGGACAUCUUUCUUUGCCAACCUACCUCUCUUUUUAUGCUUCGUCGGCAACAUUGUUGCUGGAUCCAAGGCGUUGUCCUCCUUGCCUGCACCUAUAGUAAUUGCAUUAUCAAAUGUGGUGCCAGCUCUGAUACAUGCUGUCAGCAAUCCUCGUGCAGAUGAGAAAAACUAUAUUAAUUUCACUGCCAGUCUGUUUGCUUUAUUUUCUGCUAUUUGUAUUUUUCUUAUGGACCCCAUUUUGUCGGAGAAUGGCAUUCCAACAAUGUGGAUGGUCUUCCACUUAUUAUUUCUAGGAGCGCAAGGCCUUGUUGAGAAAAGAACUUCAUCCAGUCUUAAUUCUUUGGAUAAACUUUUCUAUUGUAACUUAUUCAGUGUAGUUGUUCUCGCUCCUAGCAGCCUUUACUUGGAAGAGGCCUUUUCAGCUUUAAACUUCCAUGAGAGGAGACAACUCUCCUUUUUGCUUGGAUGUGUCAUGAGUGGGAUUUUAGGCACUGUGAUGUCCUUGAUGACGGUUUACUCUGUACCAACUUCCCUGAACACUAUAGCAAUUUCUAGAGCCGUAUCUUGCAUUAUAUCACCCUACAUUCUCCCAUGUACAUUGAAUACCUCAACAUGGUUCUUUGUUGUACUCAGCCUAGUAGCUGUUAGUGUUAUAAAAAUGGAUAAUUCUCCUCCAUUAAAUGUGAUAGAUUGCAGCAAUCAAAAACAAAUUGAAAUUGUAUAAGAUCUCUUUCGCACAUAUUUUUAAGACUGAUUUCUAAGAAUCCAACCAAUUUUUGAAUAAAUUUGUAAAAUGCAACCAGCGGAAGUGGAAUAAAGACACAUCAUGUAAUUUAA